GAGUAGGUGGCAAUAAACAGAGAAUUUAUAACUUCUCCUUCUCAUUACCUUCUCUAAUCUCCAACUUUUGUCCUGCUAUUGCAACAGCUCCUGACCUCUUCUAAGUGAUCUGCAGCUUUGUGAGGUAUCUCCUCUGGGAUCUGCAGUUUCAACCUCCUCCCACAUGAGAGAUCCAAUUGGAAUCUUUAGGCUCUAGCACUAUGGGCACAAUUUUGGAUUCUUUCACUUGGAAAUUCUUGGAAAAGCUGGGUCAGCUUGUGGAGGAUGAGGUUGUCAUGACAUUAAGUGUGAAAAAGGGAAUCAAGAGCCUCAUGAAAAACCUGGAAUUCUUCCGCGCUGUCCGUGAAGAUGCUGAGGCUCUAGCUAUGGAGGAUCCAUGGAUAGAUUCAUGGUGGAAGAACAUGAGAGAUGUUAUGUUCGAUGUUGAUGACAUAAUAGAUCUUUUCAUGGUUCAUUCACAGAAGCUGCUGCAGCCACCUAGACCGGUAUGUUGCAAUCAACUCAGGUUCUCUAGUUUUGCAAAGUUUUCAUUUGAUCACAUGAUUGCCAAAAGAAUCAUGAACAUAAACGAAAAAUUUGAAGAAAUUAAAAUGAACAAAGAAAUGUUCAGCUUGGAGAGAACCACUCGGCCACAAGUCCAGAUAACAAUUGUUGACAGAAGGCAGACGUCUCCAGUAGAUGAACUUGAGGUUGUUGGAGAAGAUAUCAGAAGGGCUAUUGAAGACAUGGUCAAAAUGACUGUCAGAAAUUGCUAUGACAACAGAUCAACAGUUUUUGGGAUCCAGGGAAUGGGAGGCAUCGGUAAGACAACACUAGCUCAGAAGAUAUACAAUGAGGAAAGGAUAAGGGAGAAAUUCCAAGUUCAUAUAUGGCUGUGCAUUUCUCAGAGCUACACAGAGACCGGUUUGUUAAAGCAGGCAAUAAGGAUGGCUGGAGGAAUAUGUGAUCAACUAGAGACAAAGACUGAGCUUCUACCACUUCUAGUGGACACUAUCAAAGAAAAGAGUGUUUUUCUUGUGCUGGAUGAUGUGUGGAAAUCCGAUGUAUGGAUUGACCUUCUCCAGUUGCCUUUUGAAAGGGGUUUGAAUUCCCAUGUCAUCGUGACCACAAGAAACCUGGAUGUUUUGGAAGAAAUGCAUGCAGUUUAUACCCACAAGGUAAACAAGAUGAAUGAUUGUGAUGGUCUAGAACUACUGAUGAAGAAGUCAUUUGCGCCAAAUGAACAAAGAAGACAAUUCAGUGAUGUUGGGCAUCAAAUAGUUAAAAUGUGUGAUGGACUUCCACUUGCCAUCAAAGUUGUUGCAGGUGUCCUAUCUACUAAAAGAACAAGGGCGGAAUGGGAGAGCAUCCGAGAUAGCAAAUGGUCUAUUCAUGGACUGCCCAAAGAACUAGAAGGCCCUCUGUACUUAAGCUACAACAACUUACCACCUGAACUUAAGCAAUGCUUUCUAUGGUGUGCGUUGUUACCAUCAAAUUUUGGGAUUCGUCGGGAUGCGGUUGCUUACUGGUGGGUUGCUGAAGGUUACGUGACGAAAGUGCACCAAUACUCAAUACAUGAGGUCGCUGAAGAGUACUACCACGAGCUAAUUAGAAGGAAUCUUCUGCAGCCAAAACCAGAGUAUGUAGACGAAGGCGUGUCAACAAUGCAUGAUCUAUUGAGGUCUCUUGGUCAAUUUUUGACGAAGGAUCACUCCUUAUUCAUGAAUUUGAAAAAUAGCAAAGCCUUAUCGAAUCUGCGCCACUUGGGGAUCGGUAAUGAUGUAGAAGAAAUACCUACUAUAGAAGAACAAAAGUGCUUGAGGAGCCUUCUGAUUUUUGAUAACAAGAACUUCAAGAUAAUACAUAAGGACAUUUUCAGAGAGCUAAAGCAUAUCCGGGUCUUAGUUCUCAGUGGAACAAGCAUCCAAAUCAUACCAGAGUCAGUGGGAAACUUACUGCUACUGAGGCUUCUAGAUCUAAGCUAUACAAAAAUUGAGAAACUCCCAGAAUCCAUAGGCAAUCUUACCAGCCUCGAAUACCUUUCAUUGCUUAGUUGCAAACAUUUGGAUAGCCUACCAGCUAGUGUGAUGACACUCUCCAACAUAAGUUUCCUUGAGCUAGUAAAGACUGGAAUUGACCAUGUUCCAAAGGGAAUUGCAAAGUUGCAGAAACUCUGCAACCUUAGAGGAGUUUUCGAGAGCGCAACUGGAUUUAGACUAGAUGAACUUCAACGUCUCUCCAACAUCCAACAUCUGCGGGUUGAGAAGCUAGAAAAGGCAGCAUCAACGGGUGCAUUUGUACUCAAGAAUAAUCUUCAUCUUCGAAAACUGUCUCUCUGCUGCACAGUGGGAGUAAAUACUCAUGAUAAAACCCAUUACCAGAUUAACGAGAUUGAGAGAAUUCAACAAGUCUAUGAGAUACUAAGUCCAUCGCCAAGUCUACUAUAUAUAUUUUUUUUGGGGUUCCCUGGUCUAAGAUUCCCAGAUUGGUUAUGCUCUGAACCAGAGCAUAAUAUGCCAAAUUUGGGUCAUAUGCACCUCAAUGAGUGUGUUUCAUGUUCAGAGCUUCCACCAGCAGGUCAGAUGCCAGAACUGCUGGUUUUUCAGAUUAAAGGCGCAGAUUCAAUAGUGAACAUUGGUGCAGACCUGCUAGGGAAAGGUGUCAGCAGUGCAAAGUGUAUAACUGUUUUUCCAAAGCUCGAAUUGCUUCUCAUCAUUGACAUGGGAAAUUUGGAAAAUUGGUCUCUUAACACAGAUUAUUUGUGUGGCAGAUCUGAACAGCUCGUUCUGAUGCCUUGCCUUAAGCGUCUGUUUCUUAAUGGCUGCCCAAAAUUAAAGGCUCUCCCUGAAGACUUGCAUAGGAUUGCUAACUUACGAAGAAUCCACAUUGAAGGUGCUCACAAGCUGCAAGAAGUUGACAACCUUCCUUCAGUGUUAUGGCUCAAGGUCAAGAACAACAGGUGUUUGAGGAGAAUUUCCAAUCUCUGUAAGCUGCAGGACUUGCUUGCACAGGACUGUCCAGCACUGGAUCAGGCAGAGAAUAUAAUCUCACUGAAAAGACUCUACAUGGUUGAUUGCCCUAAUGCGAUGCAAUUCAGGAUGUGCCUCCUGGAAGAGCAAGAACUUGCAGUCCGUGUUGUUACAACUGGCGCAGAUGGCCGCGAUAUCUUUCCCGAUGAAUCUCUGUAUAAUUAGGCAGGGGACUUUUUGGGCACGACAAUGGUCGGUGCUGCUUAAAGAGGAAGAUAGCCAGAAGAUAAAGGAAGGAUGCAAUAUUUUGGAGAAAAGAGUCUCAACCUUUGCUAACAGAGGCCAGAGGGUGGAAUCUGAGAAGAAGGCUUGAAGAGUAGUGGUUUUGUGGCUUGGGUUGCUGGCUUGCUGCAGUGUUGUAUUGUCAUCCUUUACCAAGUUGUCUAGCUGUGCUACUGUGUGCUUUGUUGGUGUGUUGAGCCUAGUUCUCCUUUUGGUGUGUUCUUGCGUCUCUGUUAACCUGAUAUUAAAGUUUUGGGUCCAAGUACUCUUGUAUGUUUUAUUUUGGCUGAGUACACCCUUUGUUGGUGUAGAGUCCGGUUAAUCCAUUAUCUAAAAAAUGAGACCUUUUGUGGUAAUUGUUUCUUUUCAC